UGUAGACGCUGACCAUCUGCAGCAGCUUCUCUGUUUUUCAUUACAUAUUUUCUACAGAAUUUCAUAGAUCAGACACCAUGUGACAAUUGAGUCAACUAUGCCCUCCAGUUCUCUUCUUAGCUUAUUGUGACCUUUAAUAGACAUACUUCUGAUAUUUCUGUCCUUGUAAUUCUUCACGUAUACAUUUUCUGUAUAUGUGUAUCUGUACACUAAUUAUAUUAUUCAUUCCCUUUCUCCACACUGGUAACAUUUUGAGUUAACGAGCGAAAAUUCAAGGUUUAUUAGUCGCUUUUUAAUGUGAAUGCCUACUAAUAACGUAACUUGCGAAAUGAAUUUACUCAGUAGUAUUUCAUACUUCUGCUUUUGGAUUCGACGUUGUACAAACAUGAUAUAUCAAUGAUCAACAAUGAAAUGAAAUAUAAAAUGAGUAAACAUGAAACAGAACCCAGACACAGUUACUAAAAUCAUUUAUUGUACAUAAAAAUUAAGAAAACUGUAUAUUUCAAUUCUCCGAAAAUUUCAAAUACAUCGUGAAGUGUAAUAAAAAUACGCUGAAUAUCGAUUCCUCAGAAUGCACUGCUCACAUUCCAUCACAUGUUCAUUAAAUACGAAUUUAUGAUCAGUUUUUACGAACAACUGAAUUACAAUAAAUAAACGAAUGAGUAAAUAUCAAUGUACGACGUAUCGAAAUGAAGGAUAAAUUUAUUCAUAAAGCUCAAUGAUUUUCAAUACAAACUAAUUAUAAUUAGAACAGAUUUCAUGUGUUUGUUAUUUGCAAUUAUUCUAUACUCACUUCUAUGUGUAAAAGUUAACAGUCAAGGAAAAAUAGUUAAUCGCACGUCCGAAAUACGUGAAUUUCGAAACUCAAAACAGGAUAAUGACCACAGGGAAAUGGUUACAAGAGAUAACACAACUAAACAUUCUCGGGAAAAAAAUGAAGAUUCACAUUCAAGUACAAGUGGCGAUUUCGGAUUCCAAUCUUCACAACGAAAAUUCCAACUGAAAUACUCAAAUCGAAAAAGAAGUGAUAUUUAUACUACCGGUUACCAAACAUUCCUCGGAAAACGUAGACGAGGCAGUAAAUCACAUGUGAAAACCAUAUUCAGAAAACGUUCUGGCUACGAUCGCAAUGGUCAAAAGAAACGAACUACCACAUUCGAAAGUUAUGGUGAGGCAGACAGUUUCGAUAGAAAGAAAAUACGUGAUGUGUUCGAUGUGAAUGGAUAUAUUUCGGAGGGUCGGAAGCGUAGUAAACUCGGUGGAUACAUCCAAGAAGAACAACAUGCGUUUAUGUCAGGUGGACAUAAGUCGCAAGCUUCUCGAAACAGUAGGAAAUCUAGUGAGGACGGAAGUCACACUGAAAGUGACACUCGUGAUCAAAGUUCUACUGCUCAACAUCUUGAAGGAAUUCAUAGGUUUGCAAAGAGUACCCCACCGUGACGUCGAAAAUGAAUUAAACAAAUAUCUUAAAUUUACAUGUCCACACGUUAAUGAAGAUUCCUUGUUCGAAAUUAAUACUCAAUUUCCCAUUACUGUUUCUUCGUGAAUCACAUCAAAUUAAACUAUAUCAACCAUGAAUUAGUGACAUAAACUGACAAUGAAUUCCAUCCAUCAUCUGUUCACAUCAACAAUCAAUAUGAUUUUGUUCCUACCAAUCCCUCAUUCUUUUCUUUCAAAUCAUUCUUCACAACCAAUGUAUGUUAGCUACAUUAGGUUCACUCUCGUCAUCAUAUUGAUUCCUCGUCUACAAAAUUCACUACUUUCAUCUCCCUCAUCACUGGAAGAUGAAAUCUCUUAAAAACCAUUUGUAUUCUUCUAAAUCACAUUUGCAAACUCUUAUAAUUCAUUGUAACAGACCAUGCAUUGUAAGAACAGGUGGGUAAAUGUAUUUGAAAACAAAAGACACCACAAACAUUUCCUUUCAUUCACACCUAUCAAUCCAGACAAAUUGCACCGUACAUUUAAUCUAUUCACACGUGGAUUAUCAAUCAUGUUACAGGAUGAACAUGAUAGUCGAAACAAGAAAAUGAUAGAAUGAUCGCGUUUUCGAUGCACUUGUCUACGUAUAAAUUCUAAUGAUUUCAUCCUCAAUUGUCUUAGAAGAUACGUACGGAUGAUUACACGUAGACAAUUCAUUGAAAUCUGUUUAAAAUACAUUAUAUAAGGUAGUCAUUUCAAACUGAAUUUUGUUCGUAUAGGACGUAGUAUUAUAAUGAAUGUCUAAUCCGUACACGACUAUUUGAAUUUCGGUUCCAACAUAUCAAAUGCAUUCGGUUUCAAACUGAACCAGAACAUGUCUUCGGUACUUAGUAAUUCUCUUCCAUCCUUUCACAUUUACUUUCACAAAUAAUUCAAGUAUCACACCACUGUUGAUUACAAUGAGUUUAAUUCAUCUAUCCACUUCACAUCCAUCACAUGAAAUGCCUUGAUAAUCGAUUCGCAAUGAAAUAUCUUUAACAAGUGAAAUCUUCCGACAUUUGGUUUUCAAUUCAUUAUUCAAGAUAAAGUGUGAUUACUCUAAAGAUAUGAUAUGGAUAAGAUUGACUCGGAGAUCAAAUGCAUCUAGUUAUUAUCGAUAGGUCUUGCUGAUUACAUCAGUAUUCAACAUAAACCAAAUGACAACCAUUUCACAAUAAGUUGAUCACCGUGUAGUGAACAAUAUCUCGUAUUUCAUGUCCUUCAUAAUGCUGAUCGAUAGAAAUGAAAAUGUCAAGUCACUUAGACUACUCUUAACCACAUUCCAGUUUGAUCUAUAGAAUUCGAUCAGCUCAUGAAAGACAAAAGAUAAACGGUAUUGGUCACUACCGAAUGAUCAAGCAUUCGUAAAUACACCUCAUUCCUACAGAAUGUCAGUGAAGGCACGGAUAGCUCAAUGAUAUGGUGUUUGACAGUGAAACGAGGUGAUAGAAAACCGAAUUCGUCAGUGCAAUUUAGUUCACCUAAUUUUAUAAAAGAGUUUUCAGUCAACGUUUUUAGACUACCAUGUUACUAACCUUUUUGUUUUCCUCAGAACACACUAUCACCUAAUCCAUGUUAUCACAUACGUAAACUAUCAUCAUAGUAACGGAAAGAUUAUCUAGGUAAUAUAUUUGUGCUGAAACAGUAGUUGUAUAUUUGGAAUAUAUACUCAAUUUCUCACGCUUUUCAAAUUUUGCGAAUCAGUAUUAUCAUUUUGUCAUUAAAAUAACGUCCUGCAACAAUUCCAAAAGCUUUAGUUCACACACGUAGUAUAUCGCUUUAUCCCACAUUGUUGAAAUUAAAGAAGGAACGAAUUGAGCGAAGAAAUUUCUUUUCAAUUAGUUUUUCAUCAUGGCUCUACACUAAUAUAUAUACGUUUUACAAUAAUAAUAUAAUACUCAUCGAGUGGAUACGUUACGUAAUAAUUACAUAAUGACAUUUAAAUUAACAUUGAUUAAUUGGAAGAAAGAGGAUUAUUAAUAUUCAAAGUGAUCAAGAAGUUGCUACGUUGCGUAAUGUAAGAAACAAAGAAGGAACAGAAAUUUAACGGAUGGUCAAUAGGAUGGUGUGGAGAUAUGUCUGACAAGCUUAUUUUGUAAAUAGUUUUUAAUAUUAUUGGUAUUUAUUUUGUCAAUUUUUCACCGCAUGUACACUUAUCAUUAAAUGAUUGUACCUGUUGUUUUAGUAAAUGACCUUGAAGACUUUUUUAGUUGUGAUACGACAUAGCGUGACAUAUCGUUGCUGGUUAACAAAUACACUGCUUCCCUCACAUUCCUCGUUCUAUUUUCAUUCGAGAUUGAGUUAACUGAGAUCUAAAACAAAUAUUAUUUACAUUCAUAGACUGUGAGAGCGAAUAUACCAUACCUUACUUUGGAUUACACCACUGGGUAGUUCAUCGAUACGUUUGGAAUUACCAAGCAUCUAUAAUUGUGGAUUUAUUGUACCAGAUUCAAGCCGAACACGCAUCAUUUUGGGUGAACUUAAGUGAAGUUCCAUUUUUAUUGUAUUUGUAACAUUUAACUGAUAUAUAUUAAUAUUACUAUUGCUUUUUAUUAACUUUGUUGAUGCUUUUAGUGUUUAUAUAUCGGAUGAUGUUCAGUAAUGCGAUGACGGACUUACCGAAUUGUACGCCCAAUAUAACUGGCUCCACAGGAGCAGUUAAAACGAUAGAUACACAUAGAUUUGGCGAAUUCAGGCAGUCUGUCUUUGUUGGCUGUUCUUAUUUUGGGAUAGUUGUAGAAAAUGGCAUUUAAUCUGGCAGUAUUAAAUGUUUUUUGUACGGCUCUUCUUAGUUUCUGAGUCAAGAUUCCUUCAACGGUGUCAUUUAUGAAUUGUAGUUUUAUGAAUAGUACCUUCUUAUGGACGGUGGGUAUCUUUGUCCUUGUUUUCUUCUCCAUCAUAUGUUUGUCGAUGAAUUUCAUGGGAUGCCCAUUCAUACUAAGUAGGUUUCGAAUAUUAUUCAAUUCUUCUUCAAUAGUGUCUUCAGAGCAAAUCAUUCUAGCCCGAUGUGUCAGGAUCUUUAUCAAGUUCCUUUUGUAUCUGAUUGGAACUGCACUAUGGAAAUGAGUGUAUUGUCCUGAUGCAGACUUUCUGUGUACCCAUCAUUUUAAAGUUCCGUCUGCUCUUCUUUUUAGUCGGACAUCUAGAAAUGAUAUGCUGUCGUUCUGUUCAUCUUCUGAUGUAAAAUUAAUUGAUGGAGCCGUACAGAACAUUUAAUGCUGCCAGAUUAAAUGCCAUUUUCUACAACUAUCCCAAAAUAAGAACAGCCAACAAAGACAGACUGCCUGAAUUCGCCAAAUCUAUGUGUAUCUAUCGUUUCAACUGCUCCUGUGGAGCCAGUUAUAUUGAGCGUACAAUUCGGUAAGUCCGUCAUCUCAUUACUGAACAUCAUCCGUCGUGGUUAAACAAAGGACAGGUAAAAGUGAUUAAAAGUUCUAUUCUCUCACUUGGUUGACACAGGUCAUCAAGUCGAAUUGAAUAAAGCUUUUAAGGUUAUCUACAAUAUCCCAUCUAAUUUGCCACAUGGUUUACGAGUGCGCGUCUUGCACAUUGCGGAAGCCAUCGCAAUCCAUGUUCACAAACCUGACCUUUGCAUUCAAAAGAGAUUCGUUCAACCACUUUCUCUGCCCUGGCCAUCAGUUUAAGAUUUCCCUCAAAAAAAAAACUACUUUUCAUACUUCUUCCAUUUCUUUUUUUAAAAUCUUUGUAAUUUUAUUUCUGUUACUUUUGAACUUAAUAACUUCUCAAUAUUCAUCUCUUAAUUCUUACGUAACUACCAUUGUGGUGGACCAGACGAUAUAUAAACACUAAAAGCAUCAACAAAGUUAAUAAAAAGCAAUAGUAAUAUUAAUAUAUAUCAGUUAAAUGUUACAAAUACAAUAAAAAUGGAACUUCACUUAAGUUCACCCAAAAUGAUGCGUGUUCGGCUUGAAUCUGGUACAAUAAAUCCACAAUUAUAGAUGCUUGGUAAUUCCAAACGUAUCGAUGAACUACCCAGUGGUGUAAUCCAAAGUAAGGUAUGGUAUAUUCGCUCUCACAGUCUAUGAAUGUAAAUAAUAUUUGUUUUAGAUCUCAGUUAACUCAAUCUCGAAUGAAAAUAGAACGAGGAAUGUGAGGGAAGCAGUGUAUUUGUUAACCAGCAACGAUAUGUCACGCUAUGUCGUAUCACAACUAAAAAAGUCUUCAAGGUCAUUUACUAAAACAACAGGUACAAUCAUUUAAUGAUAAAUGUACAUGCGGUGAGAAAUUGACAAAAUAAAUACCAAUAAUAUUAAAAACUAUUUACAAAAUAAGCUUGUCAGACAUAUCUCCACACCAUCCUAUUGACCAUCCGUUAAAUUUCUGUUCCUUCUUUGUUUCUUACAUUACGCAACGUAGCAACUUCUUGAUCACUUUGAAUAUUAAUAAUCCUCUUUCUUCCAAUUAAUCAAUGUUAAUUUAAAUGUCAUUAUGUAAUUAUUACGUAACGUAUCCACUCGAUGAGUAUUAUAUUAUUAUUGUAAAACGUAUAUAUAUUAGUGUAGAGCCAUGAUGAAAAACUAAUUGAAAAGAAAUUUCUUCGCUCAAUUCGUUCCUUCUUUAUUUACGAAAUGGUAAAAUGGGAAUUUUCACUAUUAUGUUGGAAUUAUUUGAUUCAUUACUUGAAACGUGAUUUUGAUAUCAGUACAAUACAAUCAAACGUCAAUCUGUUUAGUGAAUCGCUUUACAACCUAACUUUUUUCCUAUGGUUAUAGUUUGUCCUUAAAUAUAUCAGGAAAUUCAUUCCACUGCACUUUCAUGUUGUUUUUUAAUUUCAAUAUUUUCUCGACUGUUUUCCGUUUGUGAUAAAAGCUGUCAUCAAAAAUGUUAAUUCUCUAAGCAAAUAAAGAAAGCACAUAUUCUACCUUGACUGUAUACUUUCCAGAAACAUCACAAAUACCUAUCUGUCUUACUUGACCAAUCAACUCUAUCAUGAUUAUAUUUCAUUUGUCAAUAUUAUAUUAAGCAUAUAUACCUCAUUCCAUCAUAGGUUUCCAGCUUAUAUAUCCAAUUCCUUCAUAGGUUUUCAGUCAUUAUGUGGUUAUAGAAUUGUGAUCUCGAGAUAGUUUCAAUUUUUACUCACCACUAUCAAUAAAUUUUACUAGUUAGAUAAUGACAAUUUAAACAGUAAAUUAUUAUUUGGCUCAUGUUUUCCGUACUUUUUCGAAACUUAUAAAAAUGUGUUCAGGCUAGAUGUUGGAGUGAUUGUGACUGCCUAUAUUUACUUAAUAUAUUGUAUUAGAUGAAUUGAAACACAUAUUUCCAAAAUUCAUUGAUAUGUAUUGAUGUUUGUUAGUAGCAUUCAAGUUGG